AUGAAAUUAAUUUUUCUUGGUUUGCUGGCGGCCAUUGUCGCGGCGAACGCGGCGGUAGUUAAGAAUCCUUGCACAGCACCCGGUUUCUUUGCAUUCAUCGAUAAUACGGCCACUUUUUAUGGUUGUUACCUAAAUGAAGAUGGCAGUUACACUAUUAGAUAUCUAUCGUGCUCAAGUGGAUACGUUUUCAGUCAAAGUGCUGGUUACUGUGUAGUGUCAUCUGGUGAGACAGAAAGCAGCACAGUUUCCUCGAGUACAAGUACCUCCACCGCUUCUACUUCAACAACCACUACCAGCGAAGAACCCAGUACCACUACUGCAGGACCGCCUAGCACACAAGAACCCACAACCAGUUCGGAACCAUCAAGCAGUCAAGAACCUAGUACGACCGAAGAACCAACUUCAAGCGAAAAACCGACUACUAGUGACGAACCUAGCAGCAGUGUAGAUCCCGGUAGCACUGAAGAAUCCACUACCACCGCAGUACCUAUUACUACUACGGAUGGGCCUACUACCACCGAAGAGCCAACUCCUAGUGAAGAGCCUACUACAAGUGAAAAACCACCAAGUAGUGUAGACGCCAGUACUACUGAAGACUCCACUACCACGGAAGUACCUACUACUACCGAAAAAUCUACUACCGAUGGGCCUACUACCACCGAAGAGCCUACCCCUACUGAAGAGCCUGCUUCUACCGAAGGUUCUACUACCGAUAGGCCUACUUCCACCGUAGAGCCCACUCCUACUGAAGAGCCUUCUUCUACCGAAGAAUCUACUACCGAUGAGUCUACUUCCACCGAAGAGCCUACUCCUACUGAAGGGCCUGCUUCUACGGAAGGAUCUACUGGCGGAGGGCCUAAUUCCACCGAAGAGUCCACUCCUACUGCAGAGCCUGCUUCUACCGAAAAAUCUACUACCGAUGGGCCUACUACCACCGAAGAGCCUACUCCUACUGAAGGGCCUGCUUCUACGGAAGGAUCUACUGGCGGAGGGCCUAAUUCCACCGAAGAGUCCACUCCUACUGCAGAGCCUGCUUCUACCGAAAAAUCUACUACCGAUGGGCCAACUACCACCGAAGAGCCUACUCCUACUGAAGGGCCUGCUUCUACCGAAGAAUCUACUACCGAUGGGCCAACUACCACCGAAGAGCCUACUCCUACCGAAGAGCCUGCUUCUACCGAAGAAUCUACUACCGGUGGGCCUACUUCCACCGUAGAGCCUGUUUCUACUGAAGAAUCUACUACCGAUGGGCCUACUACCAACGAACAGCCUACUACUACUGAAGAGCCCGCUUCUACCGAAAAAUCUACUACCGAUGGGCCUACUACCAACGAAGAGCCUACUCCUACUGAAGAGCCAGCUUCUACCCAAGAAUCUACUACCGAUGGGCUUACUAACACCGAAANAGAGCCUACUCCUACCGAAGAGCCUGCUUCUACCGAAGAAUCUACUACCGGUGGGCCUACUUCCACCGUAGAGCCUGUUUCUACUGAAGAAUCUACUACCGAUGGGCCUACUACCAACGAACAGCCUACUACUACUGAAGAGCCCGCUUCUACCGAAAAAUCUACUACCGAUGGGCCUACUACCAACGAAGAGCCUACUCCUACUGAAGAGCCAGCUUCUACCCAAGAAUCUACUACCGAUGGGCUUACUAACACCGAAAAGCCUACUCCUACUGAAGAGCCAGCUUCUACCCAAGAAUCUACUACCGAUGGGCCUACUACCACCGAAGAGCCUACUCCUACUGGAGAGCCCGCGUCUACCCAAGAAUCUACUACCGACGGGCCUACUACCACGGAAGAGCCUACUCCUACUGGAGAGCCCACGUCUACCGAAGAAUAUACUACCGAUGGGCCUACUACAACCGAAGAGCCUGCUUCUACCAAAGAAUUUACUACCGAUGGGCCUACUACCACCGAACAGCCCACCCCUACUGAAGAGCCUUCUUCUACCGAAGAAUCUACUACCGAUGAGUCUACUUCCACCGAAGAGCCUACUACUACUGAAGGGCCUGCUUCUACGGAAGGAUCUACUG